AUUGUCCAUGGCACUGCCAAAGACUGUCACUUCGAUUUGAUACAAUUCACCCACCGCCGCUCCUACUCCCUUUUAUCGCUCGGCAUGGCAGACUCAGCCGAAGAGGAACAACCCCAAAUCCCGCCAAACCCUAACACCGACGGAGAAGAACACCAAGACCCCUCAAAUGUCCAAGAAGAAGAAAACGAUGUCGUCGAUGACGAAGAGGAGGACGAAGAAGAAGACGACGACGACGAAGAGGAGCAAGAACCGCCGCCGAAGCCUCUCUCCCGAGAGUCCCAAAUCCGCGCGCAUAAGUCGAAGAUGGACAACCUCUUCCGCCGAAUGCAGAGCGAGAAGGUCCCUCUCCGAGUCCACGACGUUUUGAUUAAGGGAAACACGCGGACUAAGGACUCGCUCAUCGAGGCCGAGCUCGAGGGAUUGAAGAAAGCCACCACAUUGCAAGGUCUGCUCGAGGCGGCGGGGAUUGCCAAUGCGAGGCUUCAACAGCUCGAGAUUUUCGAAUCCGUUAGGGUCACGCUUGAUUCGGGCCCGCCGGAGCUUCCCGGGACCGCGAAUGUCAUCGUCGAUGUUGUCGAGACCAGUAGCCCUCUCUCCGGUGACCUUGGGGCUUACAUGAAGACCACGGCUAGAUCUUGGACGGUCGAAGGUUCACUUAAGUAUAAAAACUGGUUCGGUUAUGGGGAUCUGUGGGAUGGUUCUUUGGCAUAUGGUCCCAACCAGACAUCGGAGGUUAGUGCUGGUGUGUUUCUGCCCAGAUUCAGAGGAUUUUCAACUCCUCUGCUGGCACGAGUAUCCCUGCUUUCCCAAGAUUGGCAAGAGUUCUCUUCUUACAGAGAACGAUUCUUGGGCCUUUCUCUUGGCUUGUUUUCCACCAGGUACCAUGACUUGGUAUACAAUCUUGGAUGGCGUGCCUUAACGGAUCCAUCACAAAUGUCAUCCAGGUCAGUAAGGAGGCAGCUUGGACACAGUUUGCUUUCAUCUUUAAAAUACACAUUUAAGAUUGACAGGAGGAAUUCAGCUGUGAGGCCUAUUAAAGGAUAUGCUUUUGUUUCUACCACUCAAGUAGGUGGCCUCACACCAGAUCAUCGGAGCUUGCGAUUUUUGCGACAGGAGUUUGAUCUUCGAUAUGCUAUCCCUUUUGGGUUUUAUCACGCUGCACUCAACUUUGGGAUCUCUGGUGGUGUUUUAUUUCCAUGGGGCCGUGGAUUCUUGGACAAGCCCUCGCCCCUGCCGGAAAGGUUCUUCUUAGGUGGUGAUUUCUCUCCAGUUUGCACUAUUGGAGGCCCAACAACUGUGUGGGGAUUUAAGACAAGAGGACUGGGACCCACAGAGCCACGAAGGCAAAUUAGAGAUAAAUCUAAUGAUGAGAGUUCUGAUUUUCCUGGAAGGGAUUUUAUUGGUGGAGACCUUGCUGUUACUGCUUUUGCAGACCUUUCUUUUGACCUUCCAAUUAAGUGGUUAAGAGAACAUGGAGUCCAUGGACACAUUUUUGCUGGUGCUGGAAACCUCGCUCAAUUAACAGAGAAUGAGUUCCAAAAUUUCUCUUUUCGUAAGUUCUUGGAGUCAUUCCGAAGCUCUGUAGGAGUCGGGGUUGUUGUCCCCACCAAAAUUUUCCGCCUAGAGGGUAAUUUCUACUACAUGCUCAAGCAAGAUGUCCAUGACCGUGGGAAGACUGGCUUUCGGUUUAGCUUCUCUGCUCCAACAUAGAAUCUAGAUUUUUUUUAAUGAUACUUGAUGUUCGGCAACCUUGAGGUGACACAUGAAGCACACAACUUCAGGUACUCAAAAGUUUUUUUUUUGAAAUUUUUUUUAAUUGUUUGACAGCUCAAUUUGAACGGCAUAUGUUGACGUGGUUUUGUAAUCUGAAAUCUAGACUGGAAUUUCAGAAAGCAUGAUUGCUUUCUCAUAUUGAGGAAAAUAAGCUUCAGAUGUUGGCAUAUAUGUCAAACUGUGGAAUGGUCUAAUAUUCAAACAUUUAAUCUCACUGUUACCUGUAUGUUUGUCAAUA